AACUGGGGAGGCACUGCUGGACGUGCUCUUAGAACUCGCGUUUUGUGCUUACAAGUUGUGCCAGGCUUCCCCGGGCCAGUGGGCCGCGUUAUCGGGCCCAGCUACUUGGUAAUCAUGAGAGCUGCUAAAAAUUCGCGCAGUCAUGCUGAUGACUCCAAACACCCGCCAAGCACUUGUCUCUCUGGUCCGCUGUUCUAAUAAAAAGCCUGAAAAGAGCUGGUCACAAAUUAGUCGCUGUUGGAGCGCGACGAGGUCCAAACACAAAAGUUUAAAAUGUUUGUUCUAAUCUACUUGGUUAUCGCGAUCGUGUCGCUCCUAGCGUUUGUCGUGCACCGCAAUUUCACCUACUGGAAGCGCCGCGGAGUGCCCCACGAUGCCCCUAAUUUGUUUUACGGGAACAUGAUCGGGUUCCGCAAGGACCGCGUGAUGCACAACAUCUUCAUUGACUACUACAACAAAUACAGGAAGACUGGAAACCCGUUCGUGGGCUUCUACUUCCUGCACAAGCCGGCGGCCUUCAUCGUGGACCCCCAGCUGGCCAAGAACAUUCUCAUCAAGGACUUCUCGAACUUCAUGGACAGGGGGCAGUUCCACAACGAGCGGGACGACCCGCUCACCCAGCACCUGUUCAACCUGGACGGCAAGAAGUGGAAAGACAUGCGCCAGAGGCUCUCGCCGACCUUCACCUCCGGCAAGAUGAAGUUCAUGUUCCCCACCGUGAUCAAGGUGUCCGAGGAGUUUGUCAAGGUGAUGACCAGCCAGGUGCCCGCCACGCAGGGAGGAGCUGUCCUGGAGAUCAAAGACCUGAUGGCCAGGUUCACCACCGACGUGAUCGGUAACUGCGCCUUCGGCAUCGAGUGCAGCACCCUGAGCAACCCCGUCUCCGACUUCCGCACCAUGGGCCAGAAGACGUUCACCGAGCUGAGGCACGGCCAGCUGCUGACCAUGUUCCAGUUCAGCUUCCCCAAGAUGGCCAAGCGGCUGCGGAUGCGGAUGAUGCCCGAGGACGUGCACCAGUUCUUCAUGCGCCUGGUCAAUGAGACGAUUGCCCUAAGGGAGAAGGAGAACUUCAAGCGCAACGACUUCAUGAACCUGCUGAUCGAGCUGAAGCAGAAGGGCAAGGUCACUUUGGAGAACGGCGAGGUCAUCGAGGGCAUGAACAUCGGAGAGCUGGCCGCCCAGGUGUUUGUCUUCUACCUGGCCGGAUUCGAGACCUCCUCCUCGACCAUGAGCUACUGCUUGUACGAGCUCGCCCAGAACCAGGACAUCCAGGACAGGCUGCGAAACGAGGUCCAGUCGGUGCUCGAGCAGCACGAUGGCCAGUUGACCUACGAGGCCAUCAAGGACAUGCGCUACUUGGACCAGGUCAUCUCAGAAACCCUGAGGUUGUACACCCUCGUGCCCCACCUCGAGCGAAAGGCGCUCAACGACUACCAGGUGCCCGGACACCCCAACCUGGUGAUCCAGAGCGGCACCCAGAUCGUGAUUCCGGCUUGCGCCUACCACCGCGACGAGGACCUCUAUCCGGAGCCGAUGACCUUCGAUCCGGAUAGGUUCUCGGCGGAGAAAGUGGCCGCCCGUGACUCCGUGGAGUGGCUGCCCUUCGGAGACGGGCCACGCAACUGCAUUGGAAUGCGCUUCGGUCAGAUGCAGACUCGCAUCGGCCUGGCCCAGCUGAUCAACAGGUUCAGGUUGUCCAUCUGCGACGAGACCGAGAUCCCCCUCAAGUACACGCCCAUGUCCAUUGUCCUGGGCACCAUUGGCGGCAUCAACUUGAGAGUGGAACGCGUCUAAUUGGGCUACUUGCUACUAUGAGGUUAUGCCAUACGAUACUCCCUAUAAGAUCUUGUUAAGCUAUUUUGUGAAUGCCAUAUUCGUAAAUAUAAUGUAGGAAUGUUAAUUUUUGGUAAUUAGUUAUCUGAAA